GUCUGUUCGCAACCGUCACCAUCUCAGACACUACAGCUACAGUAACCCACGUCUACUGACAACCACCACCACGAAAGGCGGACAGAUACAAGGAUGUCGUUCUUUAAGCACCUGGCAGAAAAGGCACACGAAGGCGUCGUCCGCGCGUCGGAUACAAUUGAAGGCCUCGUUAAUCCUGACCAUCGUCACGAUGACGAAGAGGAAAAAAUACAAGAUCAGGUUCGGGCAGAAAUAUGUGCUUCGCAUCGCUUCAACAGCUUUGCGGGUGAAAGGUCACAGAAUUUCGUGAAAUGGCAUGUCGAUGGCCACGAUUAUAUGUAUGCGCUAUCCGAAAUUCUUGACAGUGCAAAAGAAUGUAUAUUCAUCCUCGAUUGGUGGCUCUCUCCUGAGCUCUACUUGCGUCGUCCACCUGCCUACUUCCCGGAAUGGAGACUUGACCGACUCUUGAAACGGAAAGCCGAACAGGGAGUAAAGAUAUAUGUAAUUGUCUAUAAAGAGGUUACGCAAACGAUGAAUAUGAGUUCUCAUCACACGAAGGAAACUCUAGAAGCUCUCCAUCCGAACAUUGCUUGUAUGCGUCACCCAGACCACAUCGGUUCCAGAGAUAACGUAGAAUUCUGGUCGCACCACGAAAAAGUCGUAGUCGUCGAUAACCACCGCGCCUGUAUCGGCGGUCUCGACCUCUGUUUCGGUCGUUGGGAUACACACACUCACCCACUCGCCGAUGCACAUCCAACUGAUUUCUCUAAGACACUGUUCCCCGGACAGGAUUAUAAUAAUGCGAGGGUGUUGGAUUUCCAGCAGGUGGAUAAGUUUGUUGGGAAUGCUGUUAGUAUACUUGAGACGGCUAGAAUGCCGUGGCAUGAUGUGCAUAUGACGCUUACUGGCGAUGUCGUUCUUGACAUCGUUCAACAUUUCGUAGAGAGAUGGAAUGAGAUUAAGAAGCGCAAGUACAAUGGCAGCAAUGACCAGCGGUACGACUGGCUCGCCCUCCCGCACAACAUCGACGUCUCACCAAACGAGGCAGUCGUCCGCCACCCGCAUCGUGAAGCCUGGCACCGAAUGGGCCGACGCUUCCGUCAACGUUUCCACAUGCCCGAAGGUGAAGACGACGGAGCAGAUCAGGACAUCUAUCCCCGUCCACCGACUGGGAACUGCCGCGUACAAGUCGUUCGGAGCGUGAGCGAUUGGAGUCAUGGAGUGCUUACGGAGCAUAGUAUCCAAAAUGCUUAUAUUCAGUUAAUUAUGGAGGCGAACCACUUUAUCUAUAUAGAGAACCAAUUCUUCAUCUCGAACACUGUCGACAAAGGACCCGUCAAGAACCUGUUAGCAAAGGCUCUCGUCGACCGUAUCCUCAUGGCAGCUCGCGACGGCAAGAAGUUCAAAGUCGUCAUUGUGAUUCCAGAGGUACCUGGUUUUUCAGGAGAUAUCAAAGACCAGACUGCGAUUAAGACGAUCAUGGCUGCCCAGUAUCGCACUAUGAACCGAGGAGGGUAUAGUAUUUACGAAGCGGUUCGUAGUAAUGGAUUUGAUCCAGAGGAGUAUAUCAAGUUCUACCAUCUUCGGUCGUAUGAUAGGAUCAACGCUCCGUAUUCUUCCUUCAUCAGCCAAAUGGAGCAACGCAGCGGCGUCUCCUUCUACCAAGCACAAGUCGCACUGGCCAGACAAUGGAUCGGUCAACCCAUGUCAGGUGAAAAAGCACAAGACAAAGUCAUCAUCAAAAAACCAGAGCCAACAGGCGAGGGUAUGGUACUCAGCGAGAAGACGGAAACAAAGACAGAGGAAGUGCCACUCCCGGCCACUGAAGAAGACGCACGUCAGAUUAUUGAGCGAUUCGAAUAUGGUGCGUAUGAUGUACGUGGGGAUGAGGAGGUCUCGGAUACUGUGUCCCAGCAUAUGUUGAACGACCGUACGAGCCUCUUGGAUGAGAAGUGGUUGGGGACGGAGGACGAGGAACUCGGAUGCUAUGUAUCGGAAUUACUUUACAUUCACUCAAAGGUCAUGAUAGUUGACGACAGGCGUGUCAUCAUGGGUUCCGCGAACAUUAAUGAUCGCAGUCAGAAGGGAGACGGCGAUUCGGAAAUUGCUUUGGUCGUCGAAGAUACCGAUAUGAUUGAGACGACUAUGGAUGGUAAUCGUUAUAUGGCAGCUCGUUUCGCCGCCACUCUGCGCCGCAGCCUCUACAAAGAGCACCUCGGCCUCAUUCCUCCUCAGAUCUGCAAUAGCCGAGAGGAAGAAGCCACCUCCAACAUGCGUCCCGCACCGAUCCCCAACGAUGACGAAACUGCUACAAGAGAAGACGAGCUCGUCGCUGACCCGCUGGCAGACGAAACACUCGCACUAUUUGACGGCACUGCGAAGAAGAAUAGAGGUAUCUUCACGGAGAUUUUCCGUACAGUGCCCUCGAACCUCGUGCGCGAUUAUAAGUCCUAUGACAAUUUCGUUCCGAAAGUCAAGACUGGCCACGUCGUCCCAGACGUCCCACUCGAUCGCGUCAAAGCCCGACUUUCCGAAGUACGCGGCUCGAUCGUCGAUUGUCCUCUCGACUUCUUGAUCGACGAGAAGGACCUCGUGGAUAAUCCCGACUGGGAUGGACUUAACCCGACUUUGCCUAUUUACAUCUAGGUUGGGAUGUUCUCGCCUUUCUUUCUUCGUCUUUUCUUGACGGCUGGAGUUGAGACAAUUGACUUUUUUAAGGAAUGAACGGAGGUGUAAAAUGCAGGAAGGAUGCUUUUUUUUGACACUGUUACUUCUAUAGGAUUUCAACAAUCUAAAUUUGACUAUUGUACCGAAGAUCUUGUGUAUUAUAUGAAGC